AUGGGAAGACGCGGUAAUGGCCCUAAAAAUAACAAACAGAAACUAGCUCCUGAAAAGGAGCGUUUCAUUCAAUGUUGUUCAGACAUUACUUUGGAAUUGACUAGCUCGCUAACAUCUGGAUCUUCCAGAGAAAUAAACCUCAAUGGGCUCAUCACAAAGUACUCUAAAAAAUACAAGCUCAAACAACAACCCCGCUUAACGGACAUCAUCAAUUCGAUUCCAGAUCAGUAUAAAAAAUAUCUGCUGCCGAAACUCAAAGCCAAGCCCGUCAGAACGGCGUCUGGUAUUGCCGUCGUGGCUGUUAUGUGCAAACCUCAUCGUUGUCCGCAUAUUGCAUACACUGGUAAUAUCUGUGUGUACUGUCCAGGUGGUCCAGAUUCCGAUUUCGAAUACUCUACACAAUCCUACACGGGAUAUGAACCUACAUCCAUGCGAGCCAUCAGGGCACGUUAUGACCCUUACGAGCAAGCCCGCGGUAGAGUCGAGCAGCUCAAACAACUGGGUCACUCUAUCGACAAGGUCGAGUACAUUAUCAUGGGGGGCACUUUCAUGUCAUUGCCCAAGGACUACCGUGAAGACUUCAUAGUUAAGCUACACAAUGCGCUUUCGGGGUUUAACGGUAACAAUAUUGACGAAGCCAUUCAAUACUCACAGCAGAGUUUGACGAAAUGUGUUGGUAUCACAAUAGAAACCAGGCCUGACUAUUGCACUCAAACGCACCUUGAUGAUAUGCUGAAGUAUGGAUGCACCAGACUAGAAAUCGGUGUACAGUCACUUUACGAGGAUGUGGCCCGCGACACAAACCGUGGUCAUACGGUUCGGUCGGUUGCAGAAACGUUCUGUGUAGCCAAGGACGCAGGUUACAAGAUUGUUUCUCACAUGAUGCCUGAUUUACCUAACGUGGGUAUGGAAAGAGACAUAGAACAGUUCAAGGAAUACUUUGAAAAUCCAGCAUUUCGUACCGACGGGUUAAAAAUUUACCCCACUCUGGUGAUUAGAGGAACAGGUCUUUACGAGUUGUGGAAAACGGGUCGUUAUAAGUCUUAUAACGCAAAUGCAUUAGUCGACCUAGUGGCCAGAAUUAUGGCCCUUGUUCCACCUUGGACUAGAAUCUACCGUGUACAAAGAGAUAUUCCAAUGCCUUUAGUCACUUCUGGUGUAGACAAUGGUAAUCUAAGGGAGUUGGCUCUGGCUAGAAUGAAAGACUUUGGCACUACAUGCAGGGACGUGCGUACUAGAGAGGUCGGUAUCCAAGAAGUUCAUCAUAAGGUUCAGCCAGAUCAGGUUGAGCUGAUAAGAAGAGACUACUACGCUAAUGGCGGGUGGGAAACGUUCUUGUCGUAUGAGGAUCCAAAACAAGAUAUUCUAAUUGGACUGCUGAGACUGAGAAAAGCCUCUAAGAAGUUUACUUAUAGGAAGGAAUUCACUUCUCAAAGAACUUCCAUUGUUAGAGAACUUCAUGUCUAUGGAUCUGUGGUUCCUUUGCAUUCUAGAGAUCCUCGUAAGUUUCAACAUCAAGGUUUCGGUACUCUUCUGAUGGAAGAAGCUGCCAGAAUCUCAAAGGAAGAGCAUGGGUCGGAGAAAAUAUCGGUUAUAUCUGGUGUUGGUGUAAGGAACUAUUACGCUAAAUUGGGCUACGAACUUGAUGGCCCAUACAUGUCCAAACAACUAUAG